AUGGUCCUCUCCAGCGUGAGCGGCUUCGUCUGCUGGAUGUACUUGUUGCCGAACUGGUUCACGCCGCGGGGCCAGCCGGUCUGCGAGCGGUUGGGCGGCACCACGGACAUGAUGGCGGCGGGACACGGGGCCGGGGCGCGGGUCACUGCUCGGCGGCGGGAACCGCGUCCGCCAUUAACCUCCCCGCGGGGCCRCGCGCCGGAACCGCCCGCAGCCGCUUCCGGCCGCGCCGACCAUAGAGCGGGGACGCUCUGCUGCCGCUAMAGUGGGCCGCCGCAGUCCGAGGAGCUGCGCGGGAGGCCGGAGCCGCACGUGGCGGCGCUGAGGCGGGCCCUGUGCCAGGAGCUGCGCGCGUGGCUCGCGGCCGUGACCCGCAUCCCGCUGGAGCCGGACAUCGACCUGUCCUGCGCGCGCUACGAGUACACGGACGUCCUGCUGUGCCACGAUGAYGAGCUGGAAGGUCGGAGAAUUGCCUUCAUCCUGUACCUGGUGCCGCCGUGGGAGGAGAGCGACGGAGGAACCCUGGACUUGUAUAGCACAGAUGAACAUUUUCAGCCAAAGGAAAUUGUCAAGUCAUUGGUGCCUUCGUGGAACACGCUGGCUUUCUUUGAAGUGUCUCCAGUCUCCUUCCACCAGGUGUCAGAAGUUCUCUCUGAGGAGAAGUGCCGCUUGUCCGUGAGCGGCUGGUUUCACGGCCCAUCCAUAGAGAGACCUCCCCGGUACAUYGAAGCGCCUUUGCCAAGGAGUCCACACAUCCCUUACGAUCAAGAAAUCUUGUAUGAGUGGAUCAAUCUGGUUUAUCUGGACAUGGAGUCCCAAGCUCAAAUCCAGGAAGAGUUUGAGGAGCGCUCAGAAAUUCUCCUGAAGGAUUUUCUUAAGAAAGAGAAAUUCCAACUAUUGUGCGAAGCUCUGGAGAAAGAUGAAAUCCAGUGGAGUAGCCGAGGGCCCCCCAAUAAGAGAUUGUAUGAGACUGCAGAGGAAGACAGUCUGCCUGACACCCUGAAGAACUUCCUGCAGUUGUUACGCUCUGAGGCCUUGUUUCUGCUGCUUUCUAACUUCACYGGCCUAAAGCUGCACUUCCUGGCUCCCUCUGAUGAGGAUGAAGAUGCAGGGGAAGGACAAGCCGCAGACACUGCUGGACMCAGCGCUCCCAAACCGCAGCAGGAAGAGGCUGGACAGCAGGCUGGCAGCAGCGCCCAUCACCAAGAGCAGCCCGACAACAUCCCUGACACGCAGGAGGGCGAGACGCAGACCGGCUCAGGUGCCCCGGUGUGCGCAGGGGAGCUGAGACGCUGGACCCAUGGGCACUAUACUCUAGCCCACGACACCCAAACAACAGAAUUUGCUCUGGACCUGCUCUUUUUCUGUGGGUGUGAAGACUGGGAUCCAGAAUAUGGUGGCUUUACAUCCUACAUUGCUAAAGGUGAAGAUGAAGAGCUGUUGACUGUGAAUCCAGAGAACAACUGCUUGGCCUUGGUUUAUAGAGACAAAGAAACGAUGAAGUUUGUGAAAUACAUCAAUCACCGCAGCUUGGCACGUCUGAAAAAGGACCCAAAGAGAGCAGGAUUUUGGGACUUCUCUUUUGUAUAUUAUGAAUGAUGAUGCAGAACGUCACCAUCUUCACACAGAAAAGUCAUAGUGCUGGUAGUACUGAGUAUUCGAUGGGUUCCUAGCCAAAAGUUCAGCUGGGGCUCAUCUAAGCAGGUGAACUUGCCUGUUGCUAACUCACAGUAAUACUGUAUAUGAGCUAUGUCUUAUGGAGUGUAGUCCAAGUGGCUUUUUUUUU